UUUCCGUCCGGAUCGUUUGGCCGAGUGUCGUCGCCGAUGAUGAUCAGCAAAGUUAAAAACGCGAUGUCCACUCUGGUGGGAGGGAUGAUGCCGCACGGACACCACCACCACCACCACCACCACAACCAUCACUCAGGUGGGGGCCAGACCUGCGGACCGGACAGCCUGCCGCCGCGCUUCCCCUACGGUCGGCCGGAUUUCUUGGACCUCACCCCGGAGCUCCUCCAGUACUCCACCGAGCACGCGUCGCGGCCGGUGCUCACGCUGAAGAGGGGCAGCAGGCUUCCCUGGAGGACGGGAUACGCAGAGGUGAUCAAUGCGGGGAAGAGCAUGCUGAACGAGGACCAGGCCUCUUGUGAGAAACUGUUUGUGAAGAAGCCGAGCGGCAAACACCGAAACUCCACUCUGCUGGAGGACAACGGGGAUGGCACAGGAAUUCCUCUCCACUUCUGGGGGGUGUUUGAUGGACAUGCAGGUUCUGGAGCCGCCAUCAUGGCCUCCAAGCUUCUUCACCGCCUCAUUAGAGACCGUCUGGGAGAGAUCUGCCACCUGCUGGAGAACCCCACCAGUCCGCCUCCUAUCUGCUUGGCCAAGAACGGCAGCCCGUACCAGGCGGAGACAAAGAAAGGAGCUGCACAGGAACCAGAGGACCCCGAUGCUAUCAACGACUCCUCAGUGCGCUUUCACAUGGAGAAGGUUGUCAGUUUGGAGAGUCUGGUGAUGGGAGUCAUUGAGACGGCCUUCAAACAGAUGGAUGACCUAAUUGAAAAGGAAAAAACGUCCUACGCCAUCUCUGGUGGGUGUUGUGCCUUAGCUGCCAUUCAUUUAAUGGGGAAACUCUACGUAGCGAAUGCUGGAGAUAGCAGGGCCAUAAUCAUACGAAAUAAUGAAGUUAUUCCCAUGACUAAUGAAUUCACACCUGAGUCAGAGAGGCAGCGGCUACAGUAUCUGGGCUUCCUGAGGCCGGAGCUUCUGGGAAAUGAGUUCACUCACAUUGAGUUCCCCCGCAGGAUCCAGCACAGCGAGCUGGGCAAAAAGAUGCUCUACAGAGACCACACCAUGACUGGCUGGGCUUAUAAGACAAUCGUUGAGGAUGAUCUGAAAUUCCCCCUGAUAUACGGAGAGGGGAAAAAGGCUCGUGUCAUGGCGACAAUCGGAGUGACCCGCGGGCUGGGGGAUCACGACCUGAAGGUGUACAACUCCAACAUUUACAUCAAGCCCUUCCUCUCCUGUGUCCCUGAGGUGAAAGUUUAUAACCUGGAUGAAAACAAACACGGCCCAGACGACGUCUUGGUCAUGGGUACAGAUGGACUGUGGGACGUGACAACGGACAGGGAAGUGGUAGAUGCCGUGUCAGCCUACUUAUCCUGUUGUGACCCCUCUGAUCCCAUGAGGUUUACACUGGCAGCCCAGGACCUGCUGAUGCGGUCUCGAGGGGUGCUGAAAGAGCGUGGCUGGAGGCUACCCAAUGAUAAACUGGGCUCAGGCGACGACAUAACUGUAUUCGUCGUCCCGCUGGCAGGGCAUGAGUCAGAGACAUGAGGGGGCGUUGUGGCGACCGCUAUGACAGCGCUGAGUCUUCAGGGUCCUUCCCACAGUCCCUCCAAGCUCCUUAACCCUGGACCGACGGGGCAGCGGGAGAUAAAAACACCUUUGUCAUAGGGAAGACUCGGGUCUGAGCAGCACCUUCAUCAACCACUAGAUCACAUCCCGUCCCACGCUUCACUUCAACCUAACCCAGGAUCCCAUCUCCUUUGGUCUCAGUCAUGUAACAAAAGAUUUUCAGUGACAUUAUAAGAGACGUCACAAUCUGCCUCCCAGACCUGCCGUAUGUGACGGUUGCCAGUGAAAAUUAAACCCUUGUAAUAUUUCUCUUCCCUGUUUAUGUUCAAGACUGGGCCGCUACUCAAACCUUUGAACAGAUUGUUCAUUUUCAUGUCAUUACCUAAAUGUGACUCUCUUUUGUAAAAAACCUAACAGGGGAAAAAAAAUCUUCCCGCAGUUUCACAAUCGUAAAACCAUGUAAAGAGGAUUGCAGCAGAGAAUGUGAGGAAACCAAAGAGAUUAUGCCAUGGCAUAAGGAUGGAAAUCUGUAAAAAAUAAAUACAUAAAAAGAUAAACAAUAAAACAAAACAAAAAAAUUAGAUUUAUGUCUGUACAUUAACGAAGCAUGGAGGACGUAAAAGCCGAGGAAUGGACCUUUACAGCACUGGACCCAAACAGAAUCAGUUGAGUCCACGUUGCCAUAUUUCCUGUUUCAGUCAUGAUGAAUGAAUGACGACACCUGAGGCACUUGAAGACUGUUGCACAUGCUCUGUGGUAGCCUGUUGAUUUGUGAUAUCUUUUUACUGAAUGUGGCCAUAGAUGAUUUGUUUUGUUUUUGUCCUCACAAUGAGGAGAACAGAGGUUUAUAGCUGUUACAUUUGGAUAAUUUAUUUCAUUUUACUACAUGUUUUCUGUUUUUUACCCAAGAAGGAGAAAGUAAAUUGUUGUCCAUAAACGUGUUGGUAUAGUAAGAUGUGAAAAAUUUCACACAUAUGCCUUAUUAAGAGCUGAGAGGGACUCGAGCGUGUUUUUCUUCAGAUGCACUAAAUUUGAUCCUUGUAGAAGUGGCAGAGAACAUUGCAUGCCCUUAAAUGCACUGCAUACCUCGUUUGUACCAUUUUUGUUAUGUCAUGUUGUUAUUUAGAUUAUCCAUAUAUUUUUAAAGACAACUUUGGUUGUGAGCAGUAUCAGAUGUUUGAUUUUUUUUGUUUUUGUUUCUAUCCAUACGUGUUUAUUUAGAAAGAUGGUGAGUCCUAGAAUUUGAGCUACCAAAAUGUGAGGUAGGGGGAUAAUAUGUACCAGUUUAGAAAUAAAUCAG